UACUAGGCACUGGCGGCAACUGAGAACUGGCGCUUGACUAGCACUCGAGCAACACUGAAAUAUGCAUUGUAUCCAUCAGUUCGCUACCGAAGCUAACUGAACAGAAAGAUGUUGAGGCACGAGCGAAGCUGAAGCUCCAAUCCCCCAAAAUAAGAAACGUAUCCCAGCUUCCGACCAGUCGUGGACCAUGCGAGUAUCCAAUCGAGCCAGAAUCCCUUCAGUUUGCUUCCGAUCGGUCUGUGAAUCGUGUAUAAAACGUUUGUAUCUUUUUUACGGAAUUUCAGUUUGUCUCGUGUUCUUGUGGAGUUGGUAUGCUUUUCCGGUACUGAUAAAUCGGGAUUUUGGAAACCUUCUAGUGCUUCCUCCAACUUGCUAAGGACGAACUCGUUUCAAGAAGGCUAAGCGGUGCCGACUUCUGUAAUUGUUUGCAAAUUGUAAGAGUUAAGUGGUUUGUGACAACUUCCUGUCUGAGACACAGGAGGAUAAUCAAUAGAGUGGUUCUGGGUGGCUCUGUAGAUUAGGAAGUUAAUUUGUUUAUCCAAGUGGGACUGGACGACGAAAAUAACCUUAGCCUUUCGGCGGUGUAAAUUUAAACGGAAAAAGGUCUGCAAACUGUGUUAGUUACUAUUAACAAGGAAAAGUUUGGUCCCCAAUAGAAAUGCUAUUGGGUUGGAUUGCAUUUAAAUAUAGCAAUGUUGAGAGUGGCUUCCCAACGGCCCUGAAUCAAUAAAAAGGCAUAUAUACGUGGACACUCAUUCUGAUUACGUAGAACUGCAAGGACACUCAGGUGAUGACAUUAAGUGCUUUUACCAAGUGCAUAGUCGAACAUACUCGCAUUGAAUAACGACUCCCGUGCACUAGAAUCAACGUGCCCUACCUGCGGCUAUUGUUAUCAUGAAUGAGAUAUAGAUUGAUUGAUUGGAAGAUCCGGCUCCCAGUACCUAUGCACACACGGUCUAUUAUAAAGUGGACGCUUUGUAGAAUUACUCUAUUGGAAAAACCGCUAAGCCCCAGAUGGCUAAUGGCCUUUUAUUGGAUUAUUAUCGAGUAUUCCGAAUAGAACCUUUUCAGUCCUUUUAGGAAACCAUUGAGAGUGGUUGAUGAAAAUACUAUAAAUACGUUUCGAUAUUGGAUCCAACGUGCUUCUACGACUGCACCCAUAGCAUCACCCGCUAGCCAGUUUGCUGUGCUCAGCCUUCGACCCGUACUUGUGCCAUUUAUCCCGGAAGCCGGAAUUGCUGGAAGAAAGAGGAGAUAAUUGCAAAAUAAGAGAAGCAGGAAAGGGUGCAUCUCGGCAACAACAAGACCACCAUUCACCCUUGUGCACCACCUGCUCAGUGCUCGUACACAAUAGACGUGAAAAGAAUGGUCAUUGAGUAUACCUUCCUGCCAACCGGGAAGCAGGACCGACAUUGAAGGUCCGCACAUCUCAUUCGAUGGAUGCUUGGAUAUUGUUGACUUUCAUUUAAGUGGAAUUAAUGGAAUGGGUGCAACAUCUGAUGUACUUUCCCUGCCACCCAGUUCUACGGUUCAGAUAACAAAGUGGUUGUUGUGGUCAAAAAAGAAAUCUACGUGAAUACUUGAUGAGAGAAGUGCGUCUGUUGUGCGCGUAGAUAGAAAUGUGUGAUUUUACUAUUGAAAUAUUAGCCUUUGUUGUCGUUGCUAAUAGAGAAGUUUAAGAUAUAUCGGCAGCAUCCUGAUUAGGUCAUUCAUUUGCAGAAAGAGUUGUCAGAAUUGAGUGAAGAUCGGUACAACGAUUAGCUUUGAAAACGAAGGGUAACAGUAUGUACACAUCGAAGAUGUCGCCUGAUGAUAACACAAUUCCACCGAUUCCUGAUAAAAGGAAAUCACGCGAAUCAAUGGACGAGACUGAUGUCAUCGGUGACCUAGUUGGACACUUUGGCAAAUGGCAAUUUCUCAUGACCAUGCUCCUGUCUCUGUUUCAAAUUCCUAACACAUUUCACAUAUCAUCACCCGUUUAUCAGGCAGCACACAAGUCCUUUUGGUGUUCUCGACCGAGCCAUUUAAACACAACGCCCGUCGAUGUGUGGCGAAAUGUUAGCAGAUCACAGGACAAUUGUCAUGUCCUACAAAUUGAUUGGCAAAAAGUCACAUCCGAUAGUAUAAAGGAUGGUGUUCUAGACAUUCCUAAGAAUUCAACAUUGAGACAGUGUACGUCGUGGGAAUUCGAUGAAAAUGAUAAUUUAGGAAAUACAUGGACGUCCGAGUGGAAUUUGGUCUGUGAUAAGGAAUACCUCAAAAAUGUAGCCGAGAUGUUCUUUCUGUUGGGGGUUGCAACCGGUGGCAUCAUAAGUGGAUAUUUAUCGGACAAAUUUGGAAGAAAGAUGAUGCUCUUCAUAUCAGCAGUGCUGCAGACAAUAUUCGGCAUUGCACUUUAUUUUGCUAAUUCAUUCGAAUUGUACUUAACCCUAAGGACCCUACUCGGUUUGGUGUCCGUUUCUGUAACUUAUGCUGGACUUAUUCUUGCUAUUGAAUACGUCGAUGGAAAAUGGCGAACUAUUGCCGGCAUGUAUAACUUAUUUCCACUGCCAGUUUCAUAUAUGAUGAUUUCCGGCAUCGCUUAUUUAACACAAGACUACAAAACCUUACAAUUGUGCAUCGGAAUACCAGGAAUAUUUUUAUGUUUUCUAUGGUUCGUAGUGCCAGAAUCGCCACGAUGGCUUUUAGUAAAAGGACGCAUUCCAGAGGUGAAGGAGAUUAUUCAAAAAAUAGCUGCAUUUAAUGGAUGCACUCUGCCGGAGAAUUACGAGAAGAUUUUGAAACCACCGAUUCAAGAAACCUCAUCGGAAGGAUUCAUAAUGCUGUUCAAGUCGAAAUAUUUACGACUUAUUACGAUUUGCUUCCUGUGUAUAUGGUUCACUAUGAACCUUGUGUACUAUGGCCUCAUUCUUAAUAUGAAUACAUUUGGAGGAAAUGUCUAUUUGAAUUCGGCUCUAGCUGGUCUAGUCGAAAUCCCUGCAAUUGGUAUUGCUAUGUACAUUAUAAUGAAGGUUGGCAAGAAAUGGCUCUUCUGUGCGACACUCGUUUGUGCUGGACUGGCCUGUUUAUGUGCAGCAAUAACAGAAGGAAAGGAGGAUAUACUAUGGCUCAAGCUUACAUUUUUGAUGAUUGGAAAAUUCACGAUAAGUGCUGGUAAUACGAUAAUGCCGGUCUACACCGCAGAACUAUAUCCAACUGCUAUUCGAAAUGCUGGAGUUGGAGCAUGCAAUGUGGCCGCUGGAUUGGCUCUGAUUCUUACACCAUAUCUUUCAAUGCUUACUAAAAUCGAAGACCACCUUCUUAUGACGCUCUUGACAGCUUGGAGUUUAUUUGGGGGCCUAGUUGUAAUAUUUUUACCCGAGUCUAUGCACCUACCAGCAGAAGAUUUACAAAGUGAAUGAAGAUGUAAAACCACCACUAAUUAAUUUUCCCCCAUAAAAUGGUUUUAAAAUGGCGCGCACUAAAAUUUUGAAAAUCUGCAUCUGCCAUAAAUCCAGAUGUAAAUUAGUGCACUCAAAGCGUUUAGAUCAAAAACAAUACGACGUAAAUGAUGAAAAAUUUAUUAUUGUAAUGGACGCUCCUAAUUAUUAGUUAAGUCAAGAGAACAUGAAAACGUUGCAGUAUUUCAAGCUAGAAUAUUUGCAUUUAGACCAUUUGAGUCGAGGCUAUAAAACAGAAAUCCACAAGAUUUAUUGAUUAUUACUCAGAUUUUUCUUGAGCUAGAUAUGAUGGAAAAUAUGUUUUACGUAGUUUUGAUGAAUAUGCAGUAAGGCACUGACCGAUUGAGUGCUGGAAAAUAGCAUUUUUAUCAAAAUGGAACAAGUGAGCUUCUAUUUAUGCCUCGAAUACAGGUGGGACCAAUUCUGAAUUGAAAUGGAUUAGUUUUAAAAAUGUUUUCUAUAAUUUUUUCGUCAGUAUUGCUCUAAUUUGUAUAUAGUUUUCCCCAGAGGAAUUUGGUAUUAUUAUUUUCGGUUUUCUAUCAUUUUUAUUGUAUUUUUAUUAUUUUUCGCAUAGUAUGUGUAUUCUAAUUUUAUACUCAUAUUUUCAUUCGAACGGUGGCAUGGUGAUGAUUGAGAUUGUCGUCUCUGAUAUUAAAUUUAGUAAUAAAAUUGAAUUCUCUCAAAAAGUUGUUAAAGAGAUUAACCCUCGAAGUGAAUGGAGAAAAUUAGCACCAAAAAUAUAAAGAAUUAAAUUCAAUAAUUUGUUAUGUUUUCUUAGUUUCCGACAGCUGGUUCUGGUUGUGUCCAGUAGUUAUAAAUGAAAUUAAAUCUGUUAAAUGAAACGUCAUAUAAUGACAAUGUAAUUAUCAUAUCAUGUGCAAAGUCAAAUCAUGUUUGUCAGUUGAUAUCUAAUCUUUUUGGAAUAGUUAUAUUUUUGAAACUAUGCCCAGUAAUUUUUUUUCCAUCAUCGGAGGGUUAAAAUAGCAAUAAUGCCAAGAAUGUGAAGCAUAAAAUAUCCAUCACUUACGCAAAAAAUUAAAAAUAAUAAUAUUAGCAGAUAAAUGUAUGACAGUUACUAUUUAAUAGACAAAUAUCAAUGCAUGUACUCGUAUACAUAAGAAAGUCACAAAAAGGAAAUUAGGCAAAAGGAUCAACCACAAAAACAGGUAUAAAAUAUCAUAUUAGUAAUUGGUUACGUGUCAAUGAAUAUAUGUCAUGAGAUUAGAGUAAGUAUACGUAGAUUAUAUUUAUAAGCAAGAAAGAGAAAUACAACCAAACUCAAAUUUUAAGAUGAAUACUUUGGCUGGUCCAAACAACAUGAAUUAUUUUAAAUACAUAAACAGAAACGAAUAUUUAAAUAAUCCAAAACAUACCCCAUUAAGAUAAAAAAUCAUAGAAUCGGGAAAGCAUAAAUAUAAAUCAUUUAAUGAGUACUCAAUCUUAAUUACACUUUAUCAAAAAAAGCAUUUAUUUUUUGUAAGAGGUUGACUUUUCAGAAUUUCCUUUUGUUAAAUUCUCAUUGUACGAAUAAGUGAAUCUAUAAAUAUGUUUAGAUUAGAACGAAAUAAAGUAUUUAAUAUUUAAGUUUUUUUAGAUGGAAAAACAACAAAAGAAACACCGAACGCAUUUUGAAUAGUUAUAAUUGUAUAACGAUGUAGUUGUUACUUAGGGUACUAGUCAAUGGAAAUGUAUAUCUAUGUAUGUUGAGAAAGGUAAUAGAAAAUUGUUUAUGGAAGUAUAUAAUGAACAGAAUAUAUAUAGGCAGGUCCUCCAUAUAUUGUAACAUUACUUACCUAAAUAGUGUUGCAUGUAGGAUUCAUUGUUAUCAAUAUAAUUUUUGGAGUUCGAUUUUUCAGUGUAAUCAUUUAUCGAGGUCAGUUGAUUAAACUGAAAUAUAAAAUUUUUGAAAUUGUCAUUACAUUUUGAUAAUUUAACUUUAAAAAAAUAUUUUUCUUUUUUAAUUUAAAAUAUAAAUUUAUAACUUUCUAUGAAAACAACUACGCUUUAUUCCGAAACUAUUUUUGAAAAUAUGAAAACUUCAAGAUUACAACUAAUAAAGUAUAUAUUAGUUAUCAUUUUAAAAUGAGUUCAAAUUAUUAUGGACAGUGAACAAAAGGUGGCUCAGUCAUCGAAAGGAUGACUUAAGUAUCUGUUGAUAAAAUAAAAGAUGGAGAAAAAGUUUAAAAAUCAAUCUAAAAAUUUGAAUUUAAGCUUUUCUUUUGACCUCUAUAUAUGUAACGCUCCAAUGACAAUUAAUAGCAAUAUUUAGAUGAAGAAGUCAAUUAGAACCCGUCAAUUCUAUUUCUGCCUAGAAAUUUAAAUUUCGUUGAAUUCUUUUCUUAUAAACUUGAUUAAUUAGCCGGCAGAAGCAUAAAUUCCGAAGUCGAACAAUGUUGCUAAACAAAAUUCUAACCCCCAUUGAGUUACAAUUAAACUAGGAAGAUUUCAGUUAGACCAAUCCAAUUCAAGGGUCUUAAAAAAGAUUUCAGAAGAGAUUCAGCUUGUUAUGUGCAAUAUUGACCUGAGUUACAAUUAUUUCACAACAAUUAGUAGACAUUUCCUUGGGUAAAUUCAACAAAUCAAACCAAUAGUUAUAAAUUAUUGAACAAUUUGUCUCUCUUUUUUUGUACUUAAAUAUUAUUUAACUCUAAAAAAAAGUAAAUAACUACAUUUUCUUUUUUUUCUU